AUUCACUGCCCAGACCUGACACUGCCUUUCCCCAUUGGGUCUUUGUGAGAGUCACAUGCUCUGGACUUCUUUAAAAAGACGCUUCUGAGGCCUGCACAUCACAUCAGAGCCUCCUGGGCCACAGCUGGAACUGAGUGGAGCUCGCUCUCAUCCAUUACUAUGAGCAACAAAUUUCUAGGCACCUGGAAGCUUGUCUCCAGUGAGCAUUUUGAUGAUUACAUGAAAGCUCUGGGUGUGGGGUUAGCCACCAGAAAACUGGGAAAUUUGGCCAAACCCAAUGUGAUCAUCAGCAAGAAAGGGGAUAUCAUGACUAUACGAACUGAGAGUGCCUUUAAAAAUACAGAGAUCUCCUUCAAGCUAGGCCAGGAAUUUGAAGAAACCACAGCUGACAACAGGAGAACCAAGAGUGUCAUAACCCUGGAGAGAGGCUCCUUGAACCAUGUGCAGAAAUGGGACGGCAAAGAGACAACCAUAAAGAGGAAGCUUGUGGAUGGGAAAAUGGUUGUGGAAUGUAAGAUAAAGGGCGUUGUCUGCACCAGAAUCUAUGAGAAAGUCUGAGUGAACUGCUUCCUCAUUGAAGUGAUAUUUGAUCCUUUAAUGUUGGGAGUCAUUGACAAGCCUUGACCAUAUUGCAGUUUGCUUAUUUGUUUUUGCUUUGUUUUAAAGUGUCAAAUAGGCAAAGGCCUAAACUGAGAAUUAACUCAUAGUUCAGUAUUAAUAAGCAUUUUCAAUUUGUAUGUAUGUCUUUACUAUAUCAAAGUAUAUAUAAUAGCCAAAGUUAAAUAAUUGAUGAUGUUAUUUAAUUAGCUACCAAGUUAUAACCUAUGGUGUCUACUUGAAAUAACAAAAAGGAAAUAGGCUAAUAAAAGGAAAUAAAAAUGUUGAUCAGUAUAACAAAUAGAAUCAGGGGCUACGAAAGUUCAGAGGGAGGAGGAUCAGAAAUGAAGCAACUGCUGUUUGACAUUGAGGAGUUCUGGUACAGAGCCCUCUUGGGAUGUUAAUAUUUCACAUGCAGCAACUGAGCUGGAGUCC